AUGCCGAUCACCGUUCCUGAAGAACCUCUCGAACUUCAUUUGAGACGUAAAAUUCUUUUGGCUUAUGAUAAUUCUGAAUAUAGCAAAGCCGUCUUCCAAUAUGCUUUGGAUAAUAUCUUUGUUCCUAACAAGGACCAUGUUGCUCUUGCUACCGUUGUUGACGAAGAACAAUCUAUGUGGUUAUUGACUCAUACCUCUAGAGCACAAAAUGCCG